UGGUCAUCAUUACAAAAGCAAGUCAGGAGCUUUUAUUAGUCUUAAUGUUUCGCUCUGAGUUACUGAUCUACGAAUUUCUCCUUAUCAGUGGACUUAUCCCACCUUUUCUUCUAGAACAUCAUUCCAUUCCUUUCACUGACAGCCCACCUUUGACUGUAUUUUUCGUACUUGUUGAAUAGCACCACCCCGCCCUCUAUGUGGAUUGCUUAGUGUUCAAGGUUCAGGAAGAUAACGAGAGGUGAGUGGCUGACGCAGAGCUUGUGUUAUGUUACCAGAGGAUCAUAUUACCGGUGACAGCAGGUUGGCUGAAACUUUAGCUGCCUUCAGAUCGCUGUGACUUGAAGCAAAACAGGAACUGGGACUAAUAAAAGGAGUUAUUAAGAAGAUUUUCACAACUCACAGACUAUUUCCUGUUGUUUGAAGGCAAGAGUUACCAUGGGUGAGAAGACACAACCGUCAUUGUUGCUAAUUUUGCUGUGUAUGUCGGGGCUUGUUCCUCGUUCUGCUGCUUUCGUGUUUUGGACAGCCUUGUUGGAGACACGCUAUUAUCACAGCAGCAAUGACACCGUGGUAAAGCUGUGUGAGUGUGGGGUGUAUGGCCGUAACUCUGAAGUGGAGAAAUUCUCAGGCUAUGUGGCUGUUCCCAAAGGAGAUCCCACAGGCUGUAACCCAGACACUUCCUACGGCCGGAACUCCAGCCAGGAAUGGAUCGCGCUGGUGAAAAGGGGGAACUGUACUUUCAGCGAAAAGAUCAACACUGCCAUGUACCAGGGAGCAGCUGGGGUAGUGGUGUACAAUGUGGACGGCACUGGAAAUGGCACCACUUACAUGUCUCACCCCGAAACAGAUGACGCUGUCGCUAUCAUGAUUGGCAACAUUCAGGGCACAGAGAUCGCCAACUUGGUGAAAAGUGGAACUGUUGUGUACAUGGACAUUAAAGUGGGCAAUCCUCACGGGCCUUGGAUGGACACGUACUGGCUCUACUUUCUGUCUAUCGCCUUCUUCAUCGUGACAGCCGCCUCAAUCGCCUACUUUGUGUUCAUCUCCGCAAACCGUCUGUACAGCAUGAACAGGCACAGGCGCACCGAGAACAGGCUGAAAUCUGAGGCCAAGAAGGCCAUUGGGCGCCUUGAGGUGAUCACACUGAAACGAGGGGAUGAGCUCACGACGUCUGACGCUAUGUGUGCCGUUUGCAUUGAAUCCUACAAAGCGGGCGAGGUGGUGACGGUGCUGACCUGCGACCACGUCUUCCACAAAGCCUGCAUCGAACCCUGGCUGCUGGAGAGGAGGACCUGCCCCAUGUGCAAGUGCGACAUCCUGAAGGCUCUGGGAGUGGAGGAAGAAGUCAAAGUCGACAUGUCUACGAGUUCUCCACCAGAGGUCACUGUGAUCACAGUGACAGGAGGAGACUCUCUGUAUGAAGUCCCACUGAACGAGCCCAUGAGCCAUGAACCAGAGCAACAGCAGAAUCUCUAUGACAACAUUGCCUUUGUGGAAGACUCUGAGACUGCUAGAGGAUGAGCAAAAACAACAGGAAGGAAACAAUGAACAAGAACAACUGUAACCCUUUACAGUUGAAUCAAGGUUCCAAUCAAAGAAAAUGAUCUUCCAAUCCAGACAUACUUAAAAAGAAAACAACUUGAAGAAUUUAUGUGAAGAAUAAGCAUGAAUUAGGAAUUAGGUUUCUGUUAUUUUAUUCCUGUGGUUAUAAUGCAUGAAUGACAUGUUUUCACAGAUUUAUCAGUAGAUGGCUAUGAAAACCAACAAGCUGCAGAGUGACUCAAGUGUCACUUUUCUGUUUUGCAUAGCAAGCACAGUCAUUGUUUAUGGACUCAAGGUGUGUUUUAGGAUUUGAAUAUCUGUUUGCUGUUGGGGCCAAAUUUCUUCCUGUAGCUCGAGUUACUCUCAGCUAAUACACUGAUUCCUUAUGAGCAAACCAAAUGUCUGUUCAACUUGAUUGUUUCACUUUGUUUCUGUCCCUGUUAAAACUGGUUUGGAUCUUUCCAUUUUCACUCAAGCAACAGGACAUUAUCUACAUACACUCCCUCAUGACCACGCCCUUGAGUGGAAAAGCAGGAUGGUUCACGUUGCACUGCUACGACCAAAAAAAAAACAAAAAAAAAAACAACACCUGAAAUCUGUGAAGCUUUAGUUAGAAAUGUUUGUUCUGGAACUGGCGUAAGCCUAAACACGGCAGUGAAAUGAAUGUCUUUUAGACUUUAGAAGACCUUAUAGAAUUGUUUUCUUGGGUAGUGGGGAAAUAAUGCAUUAUUGUUCUUUAAAUUAUGUAUAUUUAGACCUGUUUGUAAUUUAUAAUAUACAUUUUUUUUGUUAUUAUAAGACGAUGCAAAAUGUUUGUGUAAUCUUCCAUGUCUAAAGAACAGAUUUCCAAGCACAAAAUCUUUGUCUUCCUGGUUUUCAUUUGACAUUUUAGAGUUCAUUUGGCGAAUCUGGUCUACCUCUUAAUGAGCCGAUAUGAAUCUCAAUACAGGCAUGUUUCUCUGUAAAUGAUGGAGCUUUUUCCUUUCUUUGAUUGCUAUGAAUGUGCUGAAAAUGGUACUUAACAGCCCUUUUCUAUUGCUGAUUUAUUUUCGCGGGUACAAGUCUUAAAUUGACUUGUAAACACAAAUAUUACUUCUGUAUUAAAUCACAUUGAUGUUUAUAAGAAUUCAAUAAAUCCCUCAAAAUGAGGCCAACUCUGAACAA